AGAAGGUCAAUUGUACGACGCCGGCGCGUUUACCUAGUUGUCGACAAAUUGCAUCCACUACACACAGACAUUUAUGACCCCCGACUGACAAAUAUGGCUCGCCUCCAUGCGAGGUUACCCUGUUAUUGACCUCAAUUUCUCGACAGUAGAUAUCUUGCCUGCACUUCUCACAGCAUCAACUAUGAUGAAAUAUGGCUUCCCGAAACAUGUCCGCCCAGUCGACGGUAGAACUACUUAAGAUCCAUGGUCUCCAAGACAUGAAGAUACGAACCUCACUCGACCGUUUAAAGGAUCUCAUCAUACAAUCUUAUCUUUAUCCAGGAAUCACAAUCUGGACAUUUUCGGGACUUUGUUCGCUCCACAAACACCAGAGAGCACCCCGCAAUCUACUCGAUCCAACAGCCCAAGCACCAUGGCCUCAGAACCGAACAGCGACCCCCACCGCAAAACCUGCCUCAUCCCCUACGUGGAUCCUGACACUGCACCCUCAGUCAUCCAGGAGCGCCUCAAAGUCCUCCCCUUCCGGCGCAACAUCCUCCUUAUCCUCGCUCACUCCCAAGGCCUCUUCCCCCACAUCAGCGGCCUGCUGGGGGCAUGUUUCGACGGCAAGCAGCGGAAGCUCUCGCUCUUUGACUGGCAGGUAGUGGUGCUUCGAGUGUCCCGCGCUCUCGAUGCGAAGUAUGAGUGGGAUGUCAACGUUCCCGUGGCCGAGGCGUUCGGCUUUCCCCCGGAGAAGGCCGAGGCCAUGGGGUGCUCGGCGCAGGACGUGGUCGAGGGGAAAGGCCCGUGGAGUGAGCGGGAGCGGGCGAUCUUGCGGCUAGUAGAUGAGCAGUUGAAGGGAGCUACCAACGAGUCGGACACGGUGAAGGAAGCUCUGCAGCACUUGGACGUGGACGAAGUGGUGGAGGUGUUGGUCAUGACGGGGAUCUAUGCGAUGUUGGCGGGGGUGAUGAGGGGGUUGAAGAUUGACGACGAUGAGGUUAUUCCGGACUUCCAGGAGAAGAUCAGAAGUGCUGUCUCUGAGAGUUAA